AUGUUCGUAGGAAUGGCUGCUUAUGUGAACCUGGAUCUCUGGCUUGGUCUUCACGACGACGAGUUUGGCGCUAACUGGCACUGGACAGAUGGAUCUGAUUUUGACAAAUAUAUUAACUGGGCUGACAGCCAACCCGAUGAUUACCACGGUAUAGAGCACUGUGGAGAGUUGAGACAUGGAGAAGGAAAGUGGAAUGACUUGGAUUGUGACCAGAAGUUGGGAUUCGUCUGCAAGAUUACUCUUGACAUUUGUCCAUCCGGCUGGAAAUUCUGGAAUGAUAAAUGUUACCACACGAGCGAGGAAGCGUCUCCCAAUGACGAAGCUCACCAGAAAUGCAAAGAAUUCAACACAAAUGCGAAUCUGGUGACCAUUGAAAAUGCAGAAGAGAAUGAAUACUUUGCAGACAUGUUCCGUCAGAGCUCCAUGGGUGUCUGGAACGGCUACAAGUACAACGCUGGGACGAAGGUUUGGCAGUGGGCCGAUGGUUCCAACAGCACCUUCACGAACUGGAACGACGGAGAGCCCAACAACUUGGAUCGGGAAUUCUGUACAGAAGUGAUUGAUGCUCCAAAUCUCGAUACUCACGGCAAAUGGAAUAACCUUCAGUGCAGUGAGGCUAGGAACUUUGGCUGUGAAUAUUUCCCCCAGCAUUACCUAGGCUGUGAGGAAGGAUGGGAACUCUUCAGUGACGUUUGCUACAAGGCUGCAGAGCUGAAAGAAGACUAUUUCGGCUCCGAGGCCCAUUGCAAGAGUUUGGGGGCUCAAGUUGCAACGGUUCAUUCUGCUAAGGAAAACGAGUUCCUUGCUUCUCUCAUUCCUGUCGGCAGCACAGUUGCCUGGAUAGGCAUAACUGACAUUGGCCACCAGAAUUCUUUUGCUUGCUCCGAUGGGACUAAUUUCGUGUACUCUAACUGGAAACGCCUGGAACGUGAUUACAAUCUCGAUUAUGCUUCUGAGAAGUGUGCAAUGCUGCUGCCUGACGGAAAAUGGAAACAUAACGACUGCCAGACCAUCAUAAUGGAUAAUUUUUCAGUGAUCUGCAGUAAACCACCCGAAGCUAAGAAGAUUGAACCUGAGGUUACUGGUUGCCGAAACGGCGACAUUUUCUACAGAGGUUCCUGCUACAGCAUCUCUGAUUCUAAAUUGCCUUGGGCAGAUGCCAAAAUGGCUUGUGAAAGCGCUGAUUCCUACUUAUUAAGAUUGGAAGAGAAGCAAGAGGGCCAGUUCUUCUUCUCGUCCUUUGGCGAUUACGGUGUCGACGCCUGGACGGACGUUCAAGUCCGCAGGUAUUCGGAUGGGUCUGCUGACUUCGCCUUCGACGACGGGAAACUUGCUCCGUAUCUGCCUUGGGAUUCUUUUGAGCCAAAUUUAUCAGGUGGCGACUGCGUCUUUUUGACUGGGACCACACGUGUAGCGGGGAUGUACAGGGUAGAAGUCUGUGAGAAAGAGCUGCAUUAUAUUUGUGAAUAUGCUCGCGAAGGAUUUACGACUCUUCCUCCUGAACCAACGCCGACCCAUGGUACGAAUUGCCCGGAUGGCUGGAAUCAUUACAACGGCCAUUGUUACGAGGUGUUUUCGGACAGUCAUACCUGGUUCCAAGCAGAGGAAGUUUGUGAAUCGUAUGGAGGUCACCUGGUGAGCAUCAACAGCAAACAAGAAGAGUCAUCUGUCCAAGACUUAUUGUGGUCCCAUGGUGUGUAUGAGUAUGAAAACGUUUGGGUCGGACUGGAACUGAAGACCGAAGCAGAUAAACAGUGGACAGACGGCUCGUCCGUUGACUACCUGCACUGGGAUGCUGGCCAGCCAAAAAUGCAUGACCAUGAAAACUGCGCCUCCAUAAAACGAAUUAGUGUAGCUCUUUCGUGCACUGUGUGUGAAUCGCAUCUCCCAUUUAUAUGUGAGACUCCUGAGGGAACGGAUAUCAUAACCGUACAACCACCAACGUUCUUACCUCCCAAGCAGUGCACUGAUGGAGAGGGUAUCUGGUACGUCUUCAAGGACCACUGUUAUAAAUUCAUAUCUGCAACCGAAGAGGACCCUCAGUCGUGGGACAAGUCAGCCGAGUUAUGUCUAGCCGAAGGCUCCCAUUUGGUUUCAAUCACUGACGUUGAAGAGAACUUCUUCGUUGAAUCUAUGUUGGAUGAGUUAUCGGACGAUGGCAUUUGGUUGGGAGGUCGGGCUCUUGCAGACUCUGGCUUCCAGUGGGUAGAUGGAAGUCCUUUCAGCUACGACAACUGGGCUCCUGGAGAGCCUAACAGUUACCAGGAUCAAGAAGACUGCAUUGAGAUGUACAACCGUAGGUUAGGCAGAUGGAACGACAAGAACUGCGGGCACCUGACUGGAAGGGUAUGCAAAAGGCCCAAAGGGAACACAGUCCCCCCGCCCUCUCCGACAGAACCCCCCUCUGGAAACUGCCCAGAAGGGUGGAUGCAUGUUGGCGUAACAGGAAGGUGUUUUAAACUCGUGGAGGACUUGGAAUACUUCGAUUUUAUCGAUUCCGAAUGUAGAUCUCUGCACACUGGUGCCGACGUGGUUAGUCUCCAUAAUCCAAAGGAAAUGGCCUACAUAACAGCAAUGGUUGGUAUGCACGGCAGUGACGUCUGGAUCGGCCUGAAAUACGAAAUGAAUGAAUACGUUUGGAUCGACCAAUCGACUGUCGAUUUCCUUGCCUGGGCUCCUGGCGAGCCGAAUGGACAGUACAUGUCGGAAAGCUGCGUUCAGGCGAUUCAUCCAACGGGGCUGAUGAAUGAUAUCUCAGGCUAUAGCAGGUUUGCCUACAUUUGCGCCAUGAAGCAAGAUCCCUCCAUCACUGAGCCAAGUUCUCUUCCGAAAUGCGAACCGCCAUUUGAUAACUACUACCUCUACAAGGGCGAGUGUUACAGGCCUGAGAAUACACCCAUGACUUGGGAGAACCCUACGUAG